CCAUCCAAAAUUGUCUUGCGAAAGACAUUCACUGUGGGACACGGAUAUGACUCUGAGGCGUCUGAUAGAGAAGAAGAUCCGCUUGUGGAGACGCAUAUGAUAUUACGCUUCAAGCCUGGAGCCGAAGCAGAGUAUGUGCGCUCAAAAAUCGAGGCGAAAGGGCCAAUGGAAGGCGUCUCGAUCAAAUUCAAGGACCCUCGCAACGCUGUUGUGCGUGUACAGAACAAGCUCUUUGCGGCCAAGCUUGUCGACUUGCCCACCAUCACUGAGACGUUCAAAACCUUUGACAAGAAGAAUAUAUACAAGGUCGCAGACGUCUGCCAAAUGCUGCUCGUCGGUGACCGCAUCUCUCAUGAAGACACAGUCGUCGCUAUACCGACACAGCCAAAAGACUUUGUCUACCCACAUGGUCUGACUCCGCCUUUACGUUAUGUCAGACAACGCCGCUUUCGCAAACGUGCUUCUGCAAAGACGAUCGAAACGGUUGAAAAGGAAGUAGAUCGGCUUCUAGCGCUGGACGCGAGAGCUGAGCAAACGACGUACACCAUCAUGGACAAGGAGCAGCUCCGUCGUGAACAGUCUCAGACGCCAGACGAAGAAGGACAGCAUGGUCAGAACGGCUAUGAUGAUGUUGACGAGGCGAUGGAAUUGCAGGAAGGCUCAGAUUACGAAGACCUGGCUGCAGAACUGGAAGCAGCUCUGGACUCGCCCGCUGCAUCUGGUUAUGGUACGCCCUUAGCCAGAGAUACGCCGGGUCCUACUGGUAUUGCGACACCUGACGCGGCUGCAAGCGCCAGUGAAGAAGGUUCAAGCGACGGUAGUGACGUUGGCUCAGACGAAGAUGAGGACAUUUCAAAAGAGCAGAUCGAGCGCAAGACGGGACAAAAGGUGCUUCGUGAAGGAGUGGCUAGUUUGCAAGAAGUCAUUGCGAACCAGAAGGCGGAAAUUGACCGUGCCAUCAAUCCCAUCAUGAAGCAGCGCUUGAUUACACGUCUCCGCAAAUUUGAGGCCGAGCUUGAGACCAAGAUGGCUGAGAUUGAGGAA